AUUGCUCAACGGUCGCCCCUCUCACUCUUUCUUCCCUCUCCUCACCAUUACUGCUUUUGAAGUUUUGAACUCUCUCUUCUCUCUCUCAAGAUGAAAUCAAACACAGAGAUCUCUGAGAAUCGAUUCAUGGGAAGCAUUUCGGCCUCUUCGUUACGUAAUCUCCUUCCCAAAAAGUACAAGAGUAAAUCAAACUCAGUCCGCGCGCAGUCGAUAUCCGACACCGAAAACACUCCACCGAUCGAUCCGAACAUUCCAGAUGCGAAAAUCGGCCUUUCCACUUCAAUUUCGAAAAAAUCGCCCCCUGAAAUGUUGAAUGCUGUCAGCGAGACAGCGAAAACGGACGGCCGAUUGGAGGUGUCGCCACCUACUGAUCCUCCGGUCAAGGUUGUGGUAAGGAUUAGACCUCCAAAUGAUCGUGAGAGCGAGGGAGGUCGGAUUGCGAUGAAGGCUUCUUCUGAUGUGUUGUUGGUUGGGGACCGAAAAUUUAGCUUUGAUUCAGUUUUUGAUUCAAAUUCGACUCAGGAUAAUAUAUUUCAGUUAGUUGGCGCACCAUUGGUUAAAAACGCAUUAGCCGGUUUCAACACUUCAAUCUUGUCAUAUGGCCAGACUGGUAGCGGAAAGACUUACACGAUGUGGGGGCCACCUAGCGCCAUGCUUGAGGGUCACUCAGCCAAUGGUCACCAGGGCAUUGUUCCCCGAAUCUUUCAGAUGCUGUUUUCUGAAAUUCAGAGAGAGCAAGAGAAUUCAGAAGGGAAACUGACAAAUUAUCAGUGUCGUUGUUCUUUUCUUGAGAUAUACAACGAACAAAUUGGGGACUUACUUGAUCCAACACAGCGGAACCUUGAGAUAAAGGAUGAUGCCAAAAAUGGGUUUUAUGUUGAGAAUUUGACGGAAGAAUAUGUGACCAGCUAUGAAGAUGUUACACAAAUUUUGAUCAAGGGGCUUUCAAGCAGAAAGGUUGGAGCGACCAGCAUAAAUUCCAAGAGCUCUCGAUCCCAUAUUGUUUUUUCUUUUGUCAUUGAGUCUUGGUGCAAGGGGAACUCAUCAAAUUGUUUUAGUAGUUCAAAGACCAGCAGAAUCAACCUUGUUGAUCUUGCUGGACUAGAGAGAAAUAGAUUUGAUGAUGCAAGCAGGCAGCAUGCAAAGGAAAGCAAAAAUGUCAAGAAGACACUAUCACAGCUGGGGCACUUGGUGAAUAUUCUGGCGAAAGGGACCCAGUAUGGGACGCCCGAAGAUGUUCCAUACAAAAAUUCCUGUUUAACACAUUUACUGCGAGAAUCACUGGGUGGGAAUGCCAAGCUCACAGUUAUAUGUGCCAUAUCUUCAGAUAACAGAAGUACUGGUGAAACAUUGAGCACACUCAGAUUUGGACAGCGUGCAAAAUCCAUACAUAAUGAGCCAGUAAUUAAUGAAAUAACUGAGGAUGAUGUUAACGAUCUAAGUGAUCAGAUUCGCCAGUUGAAGGAAGAACUUAUCAGAGCAAAGUCAAGCACAUGCAACUCAGUUGGGAGUAAUGGAUAUUUCAAGGGACGAAAUGUACGCAAAAGCUUAAAUCAAUUAAGAGUGAGCCUGAAUCGCUCCUUGAUCCUUCCCCGCUUUGAUAAUGAUUCGGAGGAAGUAGUUCCUGUUGAUGAAUGCGAUGUAAGGGAACUACACAUGCAGCUAGAUAACUUGCAGAGUUCAAGCAAAGAGAACCCAAGUAAUCUGUCUGACAAGAGAAAUAGCUUCAAGUUUCAUUCUGUAGAAGAAAGUUCUGAGGCAGACAUGAGUGAGCAUGAGAUAAGCUGUAUAGAAGAAAGUGAAACUGAAGAAGUCAAUACAGAAAAUCCAGGUAAAAAACUCACACAUGAGGAAGAUGUUGCUUCUGUUAGGAGCCUCACCAUUGCCACCAAUGAGUCAAGUUCAUGCCAGCAGGCCGCAGUCCUCCAAGAUCCAACAUUGUCUGAGUCUCCUAAAUUUAGCAAUGCCCAAAGGAAAAGCACAGUCCUCUCAUCGAAUUUUUUGGCAAGCCAGAAUAAUGUUUUGGAGAGUUCCAAGCUUGAUAUACAGAGUUCAAUAAAACAAUGUGAUCACAUUCGAUCACUGCGGUCAAGCAAGAUAUUUCCAGGCCCCACUGAGUCUUUGGCUGCUAGUCUUCAGAGAGGCUUACAGAUUAUUGACUAUCACCAACAGCAGUCUACAUCAAAUAAAUCUUCAGUUGCCUUCUCCUUUGAAAACUUGACAUUUAAACCAUGCUCAGAAGUUGACAAACCCAAUGCUUCCAUCCAGACAUUAUUGCAAGAAGGGCCUGAUCAACCAUCUGCUUCUUUCCUGUGCGCAUCUUGCCAACAAAGAGGAUUUAAUGGUACUGCUGAAGUAGAGGAUAGCUUGAAAACGUGGAUUGUUUCAGAAGAAAAAUCUCAGAAUCCUAAUGCAUCAAUAGAUCAACUGCCUAAGGGUGCGAGAAGAAAUUUGGCAGAAGCCAUCAACAGAGAGAGGGAGCUUGAAACUGUUUGUGCUGAGCAAGCAGCUAAAAUUGAGGAGCUAAAUCGUCUGGUACAGCGAUACAGAAAUGAGAGAGAACAUACUUUUAUUUCGGAACAGGGUCAAAUAAGUGAUUCUCUUCUUCUUGAACCUUCAAAAAAAGAAAUCAUACCAGUUGAGGGGCUCCAAAAUGAAGAAUAUCAUUCAUUGAAGAAUGAAACCAAGCUAUUGGGAUGCAAUUAUGAUGAGAAUCAACCAGAGAUGAUAACGGAAAAAUUUGAAAUAAAGGAAGUCCUGGAAGGGGUAGAUUAUGAUUACAGGAGCACAUCCUUUGAUAUUAAUGAGAGAGAAGCACUUCUUAAAGAAAUCCGAACUUUAAGGAGCAAGUUGCAGUCAUAUACUGAUGCAUUUCCCAACAAGUCCACUGAGAAACUACGAUCUUCUUUAAUGUCACAGUCCAUCCAUUUGUGUGCAAGUAGGUUAGAUUCUCAUACCAAUAAUGAAGAGCUGGAGAGAGAAAGGCAGAGGUGGACAGAAAUGGAGAGCGAUUGGAUUUCUUUGACAGAUGAACUUAGAGUUGAUUUAGAAUCCCAUCGUCGGCAUGCAGAGAAGGUGGAGAUGGAGUUGAGAUCAGAGAAGAAGUGCAGUGAAGAGUUGGAUGAUGCACUCCAAAGAUCAGUUCUUGGGCAUGCCAGAAUGGUUGAACACUAUGCUGAACUACAGGAGAAGCAUAAUGACUUGCUUGAAAACCAUUGGUUGAUGAUGGAAGGAAUAGCUGAGGUGAAGAGGGCAGCUGCAAAGGCAGGGGCUAAAGGAAAUGGAUCUCGUUUUGCAAAGGCUCUAACUUCAGAGCUUUCAGCCCUAAGAGUAGAGAGGGAGAGGGAGAGGGCACACUUGAAGAGGGAGAACAAGAGUCUUAGAAUUCAACUCAAAGACACUGCAGAAGCUGUUCAUGCUGCUGGAGAACUUCUCGUAAGGCUGAGGGAAGCCGAGGAAGCAUCAUCAAUUGCAGAGGAGAAUUUUAUGAAGGGUCAGCAAGAGAAUGAGAAGCUGAAGAAGCAAAUAGAGAAAAUGAAGAGAAAACACAAGAUGGAGAUGAUCACCAUGAAACAGUACCUUGCAGAGAGCCGGUUGCCAGAAUCUGCAUUACCACCGCUAUAUCGGGAGGAUUCUGACACGGUACACAACAACACAAUCUCAACAGCAGAUGAUGACCAGGCAUGGAGAGCAGAAUUUGGGGCAAUAUACCAAGAGCAUUAUUAAGUCACUGGCAGAAGUGUUCAAAUCAUCCGAAGAGAUUUGUUUGUACUUCCACAAUGGCCUUGCAUGGGAUCCCACUUGGGUCCAAGCAAUGUAUAGUUUAUGUAGAUUUCAACAUUCAAUUUCUUCUUCUAUUCCUUCUUUGUCUUUCUUUUCCCCUUAAUAUUUGCUUUGGUGCUUCGAGUGCAUUGCUGAUUACUUUUUAAUAUGUGGGACUAUAUGAUAUCUUUCAUCUGUUCAAAACUCAUUGAUAAUGAAGAUUACAUUUUUGAA